AUGGAUAUGAGUGCCUUUGCAGAAUAUAAUGUGCUCCAGAUGGAGAUGGAAAAGUUUUCAGCUCAUUUUGAAGAGAUUAUGGCAAAGAAGAGAUCCGAAAUCAUAAAUGGAAAGCAACAGCAUUAUGUCACAAUCAAUGAUCUUUCGAAUCGAGAGAACCAAUUGAAUACAGAAAUAAAUAACCUUAGGUUGAAAGAAGUCAAAGUGAAGGAAACAAUCAAACAGUCUCUUGAGAAUUUGCAAAUACAACAGCUCAAAGUGGAUGAACUUCAAUCCAAGAAAGUAGACCUUGUUGGUAAAAAGGAGGAAUUACAAACUUAUAUUGACAAUUUAAACUCUCAAAUCAAACUCACCUCAGACACGAUAAACAAGACAGAGACAGAUUUAGAAGAACAAAAUCUAAGAGACUAUCCUGAACUUAUGAAGUAUGAACUGUACCUUGGAUUGAGAAUAGAGGUAAUAGCAGUUGACAUACUUAAAUUCAUAUUUACCAACAUUGACCCUGAAGAUUAUGAUAGAGAGAUUUGGUGUGAGUUGGCAGUUGGUGGUGACCUCUACAAAAUAGGGAAGACAUACCCAGAAUUAGAAGAAUCACUCAUUAAGACAAUUGAGAAUGAAUUUAAUGACCAUCGAGAAUUUGUGAAGUUCUUAAAGCGAAUUAGAGUUACAUUGAGAGAUUCUUAA